AUGGCCUUGAUCUCGACUCUUGUAACCAUAAUAAGACAGAACAUCUGUGUCUACUAUAACGCGGCACUCGACAACACCCUGGUUUCGAUGUUUCUGCAACGGAGAUCCCUGCCCUGUCACACGGUCAUAAAAUCUAUGCUUUGUUUCAUCCUGACUUCCUAUUUUUGUAACCAUAUGAACAUACUUGUGCUCAAUUGCACAUCCUCCUAUAAAAACAGAAAGAACGUGCAAAUCCUACAGCCAAAGAUGUGGUCGGUCGUGGCACCUGCGAUAAGAAUUGGAACGGUGCUUUUCCUGCUCGUGCAGACCAUCCACGCGGGUUUCACGGAUCAUGCAGGACAACUGUUACUACGGAGGCUUGGUGGCUCUCCCACGGUCACGAACAAGUGCAUGAAGUCCCUGGGGUGCUUCGCCUACGACGACAUCUUCUAUCACGUGAUCCACCGACCAAUCAACGUGCUUCCCGACGACCGGAAGCAGAUCGCCACCAAGUUCCUGUUGUACACCAAGCGGAAUCCGAACGAACCGGAGCUCCUGAUUGCUGACGACUCGAACCUGAACGAGUCCUUCUUUGACGCUGCGUCAAAGAGCAAGGUCAUCGUCCACGGCUUCAUGGAUUCGCUGGAUAUCGGCAAGUGGAUUGGAAUCAUGAAGGACGAGUUCCUAAAGCACAGCGACUACAACGUGAUCGUCGUAGACUGGAGUCACGGCAGCAGGCCCCCUUACACCAGGGCUACCGCCAAUACCAGGGUGGUUGGAGCAGAACUGGCGCACCUCAUCAAAGCCUUGCACAACUCGACAGGUGUGCGGCCCGAGAGCUUCCACGUCGUCGGUCACAGUCUCGGUGCUCAGAUUGCCGGCUACGCAGGGGAACGGCUCGACAAGCUUGGGCGCAUCACAGGGCUGGACCCGGCCGGACCCUACUUCUUCCACAUGCCACCACAAGUUCGCCUGGAUCCCAGCGACGCUGCCUUCGUGGAUGUCAUCCACUCCGACGCGAGCCUUCCGUUCCACCUGUUCACCAACCUCGGCAUCUUCAAUGAGAAAGGCUUCGGCAUCGACCAGCUGGUGGGUCACGUCGACUUCUACCCGAACAACGGCAACAAGCAGCCCGGCUGCCGCCGACAGCACCUCGAGAGCCUGGUCCUGGAAGGGAUGCUCGAGAGUGUGCGACGCCUGGCGGCCUGCGACCACCAGCGAUCCGUGGACUUCUUCACGGCCACCAUCAACACCAGACUCUGCCUCCCGGUCGGAAUUGCGUGCCGGACGUGGGAAGACUUUGUGGCCGGGCGCUGCGGCGGCUGCGUGUCCGGAAGAGGACGAUGCGCCGUCAUGGGUUUCCUCGCGGACCGAAUGCGGAGACUUCCGAGGAACGCCGAACCCGUCAAGCUUUUCCUCAGGACGAAUCCGGAACCGCCAUAUUGCCUUUUUCAGUACCAGAUUAUCGUCAAGACAACCAAGUCCGUGCCACUGUGGGAUCUUUUCGGUGAGGUGAUGCUCACCUUGCCAGGAAUUGGACAGAAAGUAGCCAUCCGGAUGAGCAAAAGCCCUCACAGCGUCAAGCCUGGCGUAAAGUAUACAUCGCUGUUGACAACCAAGGGCAGGCUGUACGACGUUCAAAAUGUCACCUUCCAUUGGAAGUCCCUGAUGCGCAGACGAUCUGAGAGGUCCAGCCACGGUCCGGUUCCAAGGAUCUUGUACUUCAAGAUUCGUCCCUUGGACAUGCACUUCCUUUCAAAAAGAAGUCGGCAAAGAGAGUCAUGGGUGUACUGCAACAACUCAACUCGAACGGCCAUUUUACCUGGAGACAUCUACCUUGAACCGGAUGAGGGCUGUGAAUUUGACGAUGACGCUGAACUGUGA